AUGGCGAGGGUUUUGUUGAUUUCAGCUUUUUCAAAUUUAACUUCUGAAUCUUUAAAAUGUGAUACUGCAGUAAACGAAUGGGAUCCUGAUCAUGCUGCAACUCUUGACUGGAAUGAACUAUUUUCGAGAUGUACUGAAAAAUUCAGUCUGCAGUGUGGUACAUAUUCAGAAGCCUUAAACACCAAAAUUGGCACAAGAAGCUUUAUUCAGAAGUAUACAUUUUGCUUGGCUUGGGGGCUUAAAAGUUUAAGAUAUUUUGAUCGAAUGAUAAAGCCAAUGUUGCAGUUGAUGGUCAUGUUCAUGUAUUUCCCUUUUGUCACAGUUCCUUUGGCCAGAUAUUCAAUGCUAGCUCAUAUACCACAAGCAAUUUUCAGUUUCAUCAUUGUAGUUUUUGGUCUACUUUUGUUCGGAGACUUGUUAGCGAAAAUGCAGUCCAUCUUGCAAUGCACAGAAGUGAAAGAAGACAGGCAAAGAGCAAGACAGAGGAUAGUAGAAGAAUGGGUUAAGUAUCAUCAGUUACCUCCACCUCUAAAGAAGAAAGUUAAGCAAGCUAUUCAAUCUGAAUGGAGUGCCACUAGAGGCGUCAAUUAUGAAGCCAUGUUGGAUUCACUUCCACAGAAUAUAAGAUCUGACAUUCGAAGAAAUUUGUAUCAGGAGAUAAUCGGCACUCAAUCAUGGAGGGAGAAUGACCUCCUAAAUACUCCGUGUAAUGACCAUUCAGGGAGAGAAGUCAUAUCUUUGUUCAUUUUUCAGAUGCCAAUAUUUGCAGAGAUGGAUGAUGUUCUCAUAAGUGCUAUCAGUGGUUACCUCCAUACAUUCUCCAGCAAUGAAGGUACCUAUGUAGCGAUUGAGGGUGAACCAGUUUGCCAAAUUAUGUUUGUAUUUGGUGGACAAUUAGAGGUUUCAGGUGCCAACAAUGGUGGGCAAUGCAUUAUCCUUGGACCGGGGGAUUUGUGUGGGAAGGAGUUGCUGGAAUUGUGUUCACACCCCACCACAACUAGCAACCUUAUACCUGCAACUCAAACAAUCAAGUGUGUUACUGAUGUUGAUGCAUUUUCUUUGCGGGUUGAUGAUGUGAAACUCCUGGCAAUCCAAUUCCACCAUGAUGGAAAAUUUCGCUGUGCUUUCCAACGUUAUAUAGCAUAA